AUGGCUGCCGGAAAUGGCAAAGAGCCGCCGACCACAUUAGAUGAGCGCACGUUGCAGAAUAUGCGAAUUGCGGAGAAGAUUGGGACGGAGAGUUUUGAAGAGAAUACACAAAUUCUGCGGCGAAUAUCGUGGCGUGGGUUGCGUGCCUUUUUGGUGUGCGGUACUGGUUUGGCCGCCUUUGGGUAUGCAAUGCGUCGACGGCGUAACUUGCAAGAAGAGCUACAGCGCGCUCAGGCGCUUGAUGAUGAUCCAACGCAGCGGUAUCUUGAGGAGAUGCGCGGGCUUGGCUUUGACGUGGAUACGCUAGAGGAGGAGUUGGAAGCGGAACGAAAGGUGAAGAAGUCGAGAUGA